GUUCUUUCUAACUAUUCUAACUCGAGAAAUAUAAAGUUUUUUUUAAUUCGUUUCUAUCGCGAAUCGAGCGCGAUAAAGCGUAACGAAAAUCCAUAAUUUGUCCUACCUACUCGCUAACGAAUGCUAACGAUGCGUAACGUACAAUAUUUUCAAACGCUUUUAGUAUAGUUUUCUCAAUUAAAAGCAAAUCACUUUUCCUAGAAUCGUUCGCGUUCUAAUUUCCAUUAGCGAAAAAGGAGAACUCGACACAGACGCGACGCGAAGGUGAAAGUAAUUUAAACGAAUGUUGGUAAAUGAGAAGAUAGUUUUGAAAGAUCAGUCAAUAUUUUCCAUAGCUCUUUCCAUCAUACUUUUCUCGCUUCAAAGAUCACCGAUCUUUUGCGAAAUAACGAGUCGUCGUACGCAACCCGAAGGUGCAGAGUACUUGCGCAAUGGCCUUAUACAUAUCUAAAAGUAUCGAAUCGCGUGCUGCAUAGCUAAUGAACCAGGUCCAGGACGAUCUUUCGUGACAUAAAUUUCGUAACAGAGUCUACAUUACGCGAAACCAAUAGGCGUGGGUGUGCGUAUACCCUAUGUUUCGUUUACACACUCUGCACCACCUCAUAUAUCAUAGAAAUCGAACGGCGAAGGAAACGGUAUAUUUACACGGCCUUAAAAUGCGUCGAUUGCAAAUCGAUCAUUUAUCAUUUCCAUCGGUAUCCGAAUCAGAAAAAAAACGUGAACCAGUUUUUUUUUCUGCUAUCGCCGUCCACAUCUCGUCGAGGCGGAAAAGCUGCAUACAGUCAGUGCCUACCGGAGCGCGCGGUUUGUACAACGAAUUUUAAUUGGUUUUGACAACGAACCUACGUACGUUCGUUCGUUCUCCCGAGCUAGUUCGUAGGUGCUAAGCGAAUAGCGCAACAAUUUGCGAAUAAUUUAGCCGGUAUUGUGCGAUAAUAGGUACACUGCGGUUCGGAAUGCUGUUUUAUCAUACUCUUUAACCGGUUCAUGCUAGAACGGUAUCAGAUGAAAAAAAUACGUCCAUGAUGUUGCUUUCUAACAACGAUAUAUCGUAAUUUGAUUCACGAUAUCGCCGGACCUUGGACGAUCCUACAAGAAAUAUGAAGAAAAACACGCGAUUCGAUUCGAUAUUCCGAUGUGAAAUCGAUGUCUGCGGCUGGCGAAGAAAAAAAACUUCUUUUACGAGGUCCACGGAUAUCUAAGCGGCAGUUAGAAACGAGGAAACGUAGAGCGACGUGGAGGACAGUCGAAUAAAUUUUUCACGCAUUUCCCCGCCCGAUCUUAUCUCCGGUUUGUGAAACUGCUAAAUUGAUCAUGAGAAAUGUGCAAAUCAAUGUUUCGACUUCUUUUCGCCGCUGACACAAGUCAAUUAAGCCAAAGAUAGGAUCUAAAUAGCUAUUAAAAAAACAUAAUUAGUUUCUGACUCGUUGCGUACACGUGAACGAUUUACUUUUCAACGAUUUCCUCGAAACAUAAUUCUGAAGUCUAUUUACGUCACGAGAUAAAUAGACUGGAUAAAGAAAGAAUUAGUCAGAUUAGAUGAUCGAGAAACUUGAACAGAAUCGCAAAGAUCAGCCACGGUCGUCUGAGUGCAAUUUCGCCAUUCGAUUAUUGUGUCAACAGCGUAAUUCAAGUGCACGGUCGCAUACCUCUAAUCGUGUCCGUUGUCGAACUACUAUCUGUCUAUUUAAGUUAUUUACGCACCAUCGUAUCUUCUUUCGCGAAGUUAGUCCUCGUUAAGUGAGUAUUCUUUUUCCACGCCGUUUAAUUCUACCUUGACAGGCACGAGGCCACCACCUCUUUCUCGUCAUUGCCGAUCGAUUCUUGUACGUACAUUCGUCGCCGUAGAGCGUAACAUUCCUCAUCAUUCAUUAUUAACGUUCCCAUAUUAAAUGUCAACCACUAAUCCUUUUCCGGCGAACGGAUUUCCCUUAAUAUUCACGAAACAAGUUUUACGUAUUCGCCAGCAGUCCGCGAAGGACGGAAGUUUCCAUUUGACGUCGUCUCAAGUUCAAGGAAAGAAUUUGAGGACUCGUGGACAUCGUAAGAGCCUAAAGAGUUAUGACAACGGCGAAUGGAAUAAAGAAUGAUGAAACGUCGGAAGUGCAGUGGCAGAAGAUACAUACCGGUCAAGAUGAGGACAUGCGUAUAUAUGGAUUCGAGGAGAGCAAGCUGAAAUGCAUUCUGACUUAUAUUUCUUACGCGUUGACCAUCGGCUGCUUGAGACUCCUCUUCCACUGGUACCCACGGCUGCACCUCUACGCCACCCAUAAAAAAUGUUCCCUGAGCGUUGCCACGAAACUGCUCGUAACCGAUAACUACCAAGGGAGGUACAAGUCUUAUUUCGUAGAGGAUGUGAAGACGAUAUCGGCGAGGAACAUCAGGUCAGCACGACCCCUGGAGAAUGUAUCGAAGAACGCAGUGAACAGCGACGAGAAUCUGGACGAGAAGAUCCGGUGUAAGAAAUUACGAAUCAAUUUAGAGAAUGGCACGCAGUGCCAGGUGUUCGAGUACAAGGCGUUCUGGUGUAAAAAGCAAUGUUACGUAUGGGACAUCACGCAGAACACGUUCUCGAGAUUAGUCGGUCUAGAUAAAUAUACGCUUUGUACCGAUCUCCAUCUAAACAACGACCGAGGACUCUCGAGAGAGGAACAAUGUCUUAGGCGCAUUGUGUACGGAAACAACGAGAUCGUGGUACCCGUGCAAAGCAUAGGCGUGUUAUUGUUGUUGGAAAUAUUGAAUCCGUUUUACAUUUUUCAAAUUUUCACUCUGUGCGUAUGGCUCGCAGAAGGUUACUUAUACUACACCGGGGCUAUUAUAUGCAUGUCGGUUUUCGGAAUCACGAGUUCCAUCGUGCAGACCCGUAAGAAUCAAAUAAAUCUGUGCGGCACUGUGGCGUCCAGCGAGACCGUUCGCGUGCACCGGAGCUCGAACCAGGUGGUAAACAUAUCGAGCAACGAGCUGGUACCGGGCGACAUAAUAGAAUUGCCCAAGCACCAGGCCACCGUCGUCUGCGACGCGGUACUCUUGACUGGACAAUGCAUUCUAAACGAAUCGAUGCUGACCGGGGAGUCCGUGCCUGUCACGAAAACACCACUGCCGUCGCGUCACGUUCUCUACGACCCGAGAGAAUGCUCCCACCAUACGAUAUUCAGCGGCACGACUAUCAUCCAAACCAGGAGUUACGACGACGGUCCGGUUUUGGCAAGAGUGAUACGAACCGGAUAUCACACCAGCAAAGGUUCUCUAGUCGCUGCCAUACUGUAUCCACCGCCGGCCGAUUUUAAGUUCGACCAAGAUUCUUAUAAGUUCAUCGGGAUAUUAGCGUUCAUAGCAACCUGCGGUUUCUUGUACACCAUCAUAACUAAGGUUUCCAAAGGAAUUACACCGGGAGAUAUAGCGAUAAAAGCAUUGGACAUAAUUACGAUCGUGAUUCCGCCAGCACUGCCAGCGGCGAUGACGGUGGGAAAAUUAUACGCGCAAGCACGAUUGAAACGCGCGCAAAUAUAUUGCAUCAACGAUAGAGUUAUUAAUGUGUCUGGCAGCAUAAAUUGCGUAUGUUUCGAUAAGACCGGUACUUUGACCGAAGACGGAUUGGACAUGUGGGGUAUCGUGCCUUGUAUGAACGGUGUUCUCGGAAAAUCCGUGAAAACCAUUCCCAACGUAAGCGAUCACCCGCUUUUCGAGGGUAUGCUAGUUUGCCAUAGCUUAACUCUAAUCGAUGGCGAACUUUGCGGUGAUCCUUUAGAUGUUAAGAUGUUCGAAAGUACAGGAUGGAUAUUGGAAGAGUUCAAUAACACGACGAAAGAUAAUUUCCUGGCUCCGACCGUCGUGAAGCCGUUAAAGAAGAACGGCUACACGGAAAAUAUGAACGAAAUAUCGGAGAUUGGUAUCGUGCAACAGUAUCAAUUCUCAAGUUCCCUUCAACGAAUGUCGGUGAUAAUGCGCGUGCGAGGUUCUAGUACUUUUAAAGCUUAUACGAAAGGUUCUCCCGAGAUGAUACUCAGCUUGAGCAAGCCCGAAACUAUACCGAAAGAUAUCAUGUUUUGUUUGAAAAGUUAUACGGAACAGGGGUAUCGUGUGAUAGCCAUGGGGCGGACGGAAUUGCCUAAUAAUAGCGAAAAGAUAACGAAACUGCCUCGAGACGCGGUGGAGCAGAAUUUAGAAUUUCUAGGAUUAGUAAUCAUGGAGAACAGAUUAAAGACGCCGACUAUACCGGUGAUCAAGGAGCUGAGAGCAGCCAACAUCCACGUAUUGAUGAUUACAGGGGAUAAUAUCCAGACCGCGGUGAGUGUUGCGAAGGAAUGCGGUAUCUUGUCGCAGCAGGAGAUCGUGAUAGACGUGACGGUGGUAACCGAAGAGAAUAACUCCCAGCCGAAAAUCUAUUUCAACCUUCAAGAGAUGUCAUCAAAAUUGAAUUUUCAGAAAAAUAGGUUUGCGUUACGCGAAUUGAAGGACGUCGAACGGAGCGUCGGUACCACUAAUUAUCGUUUCGCGUUAACGGGCCAGUCGUGGCAAUUGUUGCGCGAACACUAUUCGGAUCUCGUCCCAAAAAUUUGCGUGCGCGGCGCGAUAUUCGCCCGUAUGAACAGCGAUCAGAAACAGCAACUGGUUUUGGAGUUGAUGCAACUCCGUUAUUACGUGGCAAUGUGCGGCGACGGAGCUAAUGACUGCGGCGCUCUGAGAGCCGCGCACGUCGGCGUGUCCUUAUCCGAAGCGGAAUCUAGUGUCGCCAGCCCGUUUACGUCCAAGGUGCCGGACAUCAGGUGCGUCCCGAAGGUGAUAAAGGAAGGUCGCGCAGCUCUGGUUACGUCGUUCGGGAUCUUCAAAUUCAUGGUCACCUAUUCCCUGACCGAAUUUUUGUCUGUUAUCAUUCUCUACUCGAUCGAUUCUAAUCUAACGGACUUAGAGUUUCUCUUCAUCGAUAUCUGUCUCGUAGUACUUUUCGCUUCAUUUUUCGGUAAAACCCGCGCGUACGAGACGAAAUUAGUAAAGAAACCGCCAAUGACCAGUCUGCUGACGUUCACCUCGAUCUUCUCUCUAUCCGUACACAUGCUGAUAAUGACCAUCUUCCAAACUAUCGCUUAUUACGCGGUCCGCCAAUUCCCAUGGUUCACACCGUUCGUUUAUACGGAGGAAACCGAGUACGCUUGUUACGAAAAUUAUUCCGUUUUCUGCGUCGCCAUUUUCCAGUACAUAACGAUGGCUAUAAUAUUUUCACGUGGUAAGCCUUAUCGAAAAGCGAUCUAUACGAAUAUCGCGUUUAUGUUCUCGCUGAUAGCGAUGACGCUCGUUUGCGCGUACAUAACGGUUUAUCCAGCGGGUUGGAUAGUGAAUUUGCUUCAACUGCAUCUUCCGCCUGAGUACGACUGGAGGAUAAUCAUAUUGGUGCUCGCAUUCGCGAACUUCGUUCUUUGCUUCUUCGUCGAGUCCUUUGUGAUCGAGUAUCUGAUCGAGAAGAAGUUCCGAGAAAAGUUCUACAAUCCCAAGAAGUCUAAGAAGGAAUACCUUCGAGUGGAACACGAACUGGCGAAUGAUCUCAGUUGGCCGACGAUUAGCAAAGAGUUGCCGACGUUACCGUUGACGCCGAGCGUUGAGAACAUUAUUAGUAGCGUAACGUAUCCGACGAAUGUGGACGGUGACCAACUCGACCGGACGGCGGUCGAGUCGUCGAACAAAGGUAACGACCGUGACCGUGACGACUCGUGUGAUUACGCGUUCGACAAUUACACAUUCGUCGACGACGAGUCGCGGGAAGCGCACAUGAUAACUAGAUGUUAAGACAAGAUGUGCGACACAGUAUUUCGGAUCCGAUGUCUUCCUAAGAAAGGAUAUACCAGUAUUUGUACAUAGCUGUAAUAACUUGCGAAAUAUUUUCGAAACUAUUUUUUUAGAGAUACAACGUGAAAUACGUACAAUAUAUGUACAUGGAUAAUUUUUAAUCGUUGCGUACAAGGUAUACGUAAUGUAAGGAGAAUCUUUCAAAAUGUUCGUAGCGAAAGUAUUAAUUUAUUCAAAUACAAAAAAAAGAAAUCGUAGAAAAUCUUGGAUGUUGACGCUUACUUAUACAUACGAUGACAUUUACUUAUAUAUACAAAUGCUUUAUUUACAUAUCGUUUAGUUAAUAGAAAAUUUGGGUGUCCAAGAAAUAAAACAAAUUACAUAUCAUAAGACGAGACAGUUGCUCGUCUUGGGCUCCGAUUAUUUCGAUCUUCUUAGCAUUCUCUAUAAUACGAAUAAAUGUACGUGAUCGUACGUUCGAAUCAUCGUGCGAAAAUUAA